UCCUUUGGAUGAUCCCUCCUGCUGCCGCCGCCGCCGCCGCCGCCGCUUUCGCCUUCAUGGCUCCAGGCUUGGGGACAGGAUCCUCCUGCUUGGGUUGAGGCACGUUGACCCAUCGCAAUGUGGCUCUGGGCGUAAGUGGAGCGGAUCAGCUGCUCUCGCUGCUGCUGUAAUGGGCAGCUCCAGCACUGGGCGGUGUGUGUGACAGCAGCAGACCCAGCCUUGCCAGGAUUAAACGCGUGUGGAACAGGAGGAAGUCUGAACUUCAUCUGAGCCCAUGAGGAGGAAUGACUACUCCCUAAAGGAACUUCCUUGCAGUUGCUUUGUCUCAUUGUCAUGGCUUAUGGUGCACCCAGUCAAUAAUGUGCCAUACAUUUAAAAUGGGAUUUUCUCUGGGAAAGGAAUAUCCAGAACAUGCAUCCUGAACAUCCUUCCAACCUCUUCCUCGUCCGUUGUUUCCGUUAGACUUGCGUAUAGAUCAUUUAGCACAACCAAAACUAUUACACCUGUCUCGCUCAACCUGAAACUUCCUACUCCAGUUGAGCUUUCAGGUGCGUCAACUCUGCGUCGCCAUGGCUUCCGUAUGGAAAAGAUUGCAACGUGUUGGGAAACACGCAUCCAAGUUCCAGUUUGUGGCCUCUUACCAGGAACUGAUGGUUGAAUGCACCAAGAAAUGGCAACCAGAUAAACUGGUGGUGGUUUGGACAAGAAGAAGUCGAAGGAAAUCAUCCAAGGCUCAUAGCUGGCAGCCGGGAAUAAAAAAUCCAUACCGUGGUGUUGUUGUGUGGCCUGUUCCUGAAAACAUUGAAAUCACUGUGACACUUUUUAAGGAUCCACAUGCAGAGGAAUUUGAAGACAAAGAGUGGACAUUCGUCAUAGAAAAUGAAUCUCCUUCUGGACGCAGGAAAGCUCUUGCCACCAGCAAUAUUAACAUGAAGCAAUAUGCGAGUCCUAUGCCUACACAGACUGAUGUUAAGCUAAAAUUCAAGCCUUUGUCUAAGAAAGUUAUAUCUGCCACCCUGCAGUUCUCUUUGUCAUGUAUUUUCCUGAGGGAAGGAAAAGCAACAGACGAAGACAUGCAAAGCCUAGCAAGUCUGAUGAGUAUGAAGCAAGCGGAUAUUGGAAAUUUAGAUGAUUUUGAGGAAGACAAUGAAGAUGAUGAAGAAAACAGAGUGAACCAAGAGGAAAAGGCUGCAAAAAUUACAGAAAUUGUAAACCAGUUGAAUGCUCUGAGCAGCUUAGAUGAAGAUCAAGAUGACUGCAUAAAGCACGCAAAUAUGCUUUCGGCUAAAUCAGCCAGUUCCUCUGAAGAGCUUAUCAACAAGCUAAAUUUCCUGGAUGAAGAGGACCAGGACUUGGCCAAUUCCAGCUCAAAUCCAUUUGUAGAUCCUGAUACAACAGAACUAAACCCUUUCAGACACCCUGAUAUAGAAGAACCAGAUAUUAAGGUGACUUCAUCUUCAAAAGGAGAAGAACCCUACUAUGAUGACGAUGAUGAAUACAACCCCUUUAAAGAAGAGGAGGCUGCAGAGUAUGUGAACCCUUUUGAUGAGACAGACCCUGAACCAGAGAUGCUAGCAUCCAUACAAGAUGUUCCUCCUCAACCUGCAAAAAGAAAAAAUAUUCGGCCUGUGGACAUGAGCAAAUACCUCUAUGCUGACACAUCAAAAACAGAUGAAGAAGAGUUAGAUGAAUCAAACCCAUUUUAUGAACCAAAAUCAAGCUCUGCUUUAAAUAGUCAAGUUACGUCGCUGCAAGAAACAGAAAGGAAGAUGAAAAGAAAAGCUCCUGCACCACCAGUCCUCUCCCCAAAGACAGAAAGAGGAACAAGUGAGAACAUGUCAGCUCUUCAUGCAGUGAAAGAACUUUCCUCUUCUCCGAAGCCAAGCCCAAUACCAAGUCCGGUUUUGGGGAGGAAGCCAAAUGCUAGUCAGUCACUGCUUGCUUGGUGCAAAGAAGUUACGAAAAACUACAGGGGAGUGAAAAUCACCAAUUUCACUACAUCUUGGCGAAAUGGAUUGUCCUUUUGUGCAAUAUUACACCACUUUAGGCCUGACCUUAUUGACUACAAGUCCCUGAAUCCUCAAGAUAUUAAAGAGAACAACAAAAAGGCCUAUGAUGGAUUCGCCAGUUUAGGAAUAUCCCGGCUACUAGAACCUUCUGACAUGGUUUUGUUAGCAAUUCCUGACAAAUUGACAGUUAUGACGUAUCUUUAUCAGAUACGGGCACAUUUCAGUGGGCAAGAGCUAAAUGUGGUUCAGAUCGAGGCGAACAGUAGCAAAAGUACAUAUAAAGUGGGCAACUAUGAAACAGACCCAAACAGUUCUGUCGAUCAGGAAAAGUUCUACGCAGAACUAACGGACUUGAAACGGGAACCGGAACUGCAACAGGCCGAAGGGAGUUUGGCUGACUUUGUUUUUCAGGAUGACUCUGUAUUUAUAAAUGACAGUGGAGUUGGGGAUUCAGCAAGUGAGCGUCAGAUACCACAUCACCAUCAGGCACCAGAUGACUAUGUAAACCUAAGUGUGACGUCCCCUUCUUCUCGCAGGACUAAAAGUGAUGCAGAUCAACAGAAAAAUGAACAGAGCUUAGGAAGGACUUCUGGAUUUGAGGAAACUGGGAAAAGCUGUACGGCACAAGCACAGCCUGUGUUGGGAAGGAAGAAACUAUUAAAAGCAGACACUUUAGAUCUGAGUGAUUUGGUCAGUGAUCCAAAAAGGGAUGCAUCGCCAAUGACUUUAUGUGAGGACACAGGCAAGAACGAACCGUGGAAUUCUGACCUUACCAUUAGUUUUUCAGAGCCAGAGAAACAUGGACAUCCAGACCUCAGAGAGAGUAGGAAAUUGGAUUCUGAAUCAUAUGUUGAAAAAACAAACUUAGUAGUGGGAGAUAAAUCUGGAUACUCCCAUAAUAGGGAUUCAGAUGUUGAUAAGAAAUCCCAUGCCUCUCAGAGGCAAAUGGAGUCGACUGAUUCAGAAUUUGAGGUGAAAACAAUUAUAAAUCUAACAGAUCUGCCUGCAAAAACUGCACAGCAACGUAUGUUAUCAAGGCAGGAAGAACUAAAAGAACGGGCAAGAGUUCUGCUUGAACAAGCAAGGAGAGAUGCAGCUUUAAAGGCAGGAAAUAGGCCGCUCUCCAGUUCAACUACUCCAGGCCGAUCGAAGCAGCUGAAUGAUCAGCAAGAUGAAGAGCGGCGUCGGCAGCUGAGAGAGAGAGCUCGUCAGCUAAUAGCAGAAGCUCGAUCUGGAGUGAAGAUGUCAGAACUUCCUAGCUACAGUGAAAUGGCUGCAGAAAAGUUGAAAGAAAGGUCAAAGGCAUCUGGAGAUGAGGAUCGAAAUGUUCAUAUUGAGAUAGUUACUAAUGAGGAGAUUCCUGAAUGCACUGUUACUGGUGGUGAAGAUCAACAUACUAACCUAGAAAGUGACCUUGAUUCUGAUGCUGAACAGAACAGCAAGUUGAUGGAUUUGAAGCUGAAGAAGCUCCUAGAAGCUCAGCCACAGGUGGCAAAUUCACUUUCCAGUGCUGCUCAGAAGGCAGUUAUUGAUAGCACAGAGCAAGAGUUUAAGAAUGAGACAGAAGAGCCUCGUGCUGAGCGAUUACAAAAAGCAACAGAACGUUUUAGAAAUCCUGUUGUGUUCAGCAAGGACUCCACAGUCAGAAAAACUCAGCUUCAGUCUUUCAGUCAAUAUGUUGAAAACAGACCAGAGAUGAAAAGGCAGAGAUCAAUGCAAGAAGAUACAAAGAGAGGAAAUGAGGAGAAGGCAGCGAUAACUGAAACUCAGAGGAAGCCAUCAGAAGAUGAAGUGCUUAAUAAAGGGUUCAAAGACACCAGUCAGUAUGUUGUAGGAGAAUUGGCAGCACUAGAGAAUGAGCAAAAGCAAAUUGACACCCGUGCCGCGCUGGUGGAGAAGCGCCUUCGCUAUCUCAUGGACACAGGAAGAAACACUGAAGAAGAAGAAGCUAUGAUGCAAGAAUGGUUCAUGCUGGUCAACAAGAAAAAUGCCUUAAUAAGAAGAAUGAAUCAACUCUCCCUGCUGGAAAAAGAACAUGACCUAGAAAGGCGGUACGAACUGCUGAACAGGGAACUAAGGGCAAUGCUAGCCAUUGAAGACUGGCAAAAGACCGAAGCCCAGAAGAGGCGAGAGCAGCUUUUGCUGGAUGAACUUGUUAUUCUUGUUAAUAAACGUGAUGCACUGGUCAGAGAUUUAGAUGCCCAAGAAAAACAGGCUGAAGAAGAAGAUGAACAUUUGGAAAGGACUCUUGAGCAAAACAAAGGAAAAAUGGCCAAGAAAGAAGAAAAAUGUAUUCUUCAGUGAUUGGUUUUCAUGGGCCAGUAUACUGUCUCAUUUUAAAGCCUAACCCUUGUUACAUUUCGAAAAUACUGACACCAAGACUAGAAAAACAAAACCCCAAAUAAUAAUACAUUUAGGAAAAUGUCAAAACCUUUUAUUUGGCUAGACCAGCUUUACCAUGAAUUGUUUUCUAAUUUCUUGUUUCCAUUCAAGCAAUAUUACUUCAAAACUAGCUUUUCACUGGGAUUUAGACAAAAUUAUUUUAAAUAAAUUUGCACCCAAAUGUAGUAGCAACACCCAGAUUGUUUAAAAGAGGUGGGUGGGGUACCCCUGGCAUAAUGUUUUUUAGUUGAAAGAAGUUGCGAAUACAUUAUUUUAUGUUGUAGCACUACAGAGAGAGGGAGAAGGGGGGAAAUAAUUCUGAAUUAUUUCAUCUAGUCUUGCCAUGUGUAAUAUUUAAUAUGCUUCCUAAAAUUUUAUAGCUAGUUCAUUACUCAAACCAUUUAUUACAAUGUGCUAUAUUUACCAGUGUUUAUUUCAGCAGCAGUUUUACACUUUUAUUGUAAGUAUAAUUAUAAAAUUUAAGGCUUUCUGAUGUGUACAGAGAGCAGUUCUUUUUAAUCUAUACCUUUGCAAAAGCCUUGUGAGCUGAAGAAGUGAUUGUAAUGAUAAGGCUAACUGAAGUGUGAUCAGUUUACAAAAAAAAAUCCUUCUUUAGAGGCGAUCCCAUUUUUAUUAAUUAUUUAUUUACCUCUUACUAUCAUUCCCUUCUCUUCAUCUCGCUGGACUUCUGCAUUCUGGCUCCACAGUGCUGUUAAUAUUUAUUCUGUAUCCAUCAGAGGUCUAUCUUGCCAUUGUUUGCAAAAUCCCCUUGCAAGUUAAUAUAUCCUUCUCUAUCAUCAUCCUGCUCAUUUUUGUGGAAACGGUUACAUUUAUUUAUUACAAUACUGAGUUAUGUAUAAAUUUUCAAUAAAGCUGGAUCUUUCUUACCUUAACUGUGCUAGU